AUGCUCCGUAGCCCCAACCGGAACGGGCGGGCGGUGGUGGACUCUGCUGGCCGCAAGGCAGUCCGUGAGCUGCGGCACAAACCAUACUCGCUGGCGACGGGGACAGGGCGUGCGCUUGCCGACGUGGAGCCCAAUGUGCUUGCCGGCCCGGGUGGCACACGUGUGGCGCGGCGGUCUUCGGAGGCUGGGAGGGUUAAUUCGCUGCCGCCCGGCCCGCUACCGUCGGCAGGGCUCUCUAUCAAGGAACGGCGGGUGAGGACAGGUGUGUCGUCGUUGUCAACGUCGUACACAGCGUCGUCGGUCUCGUCGUUGGUGACGUCGGCCGGCUCGGCGCCGCGGAUGCAGAUUUUUGACGAGGGGGCUCAGGAGCCGUCGCCGACGCGUAUGCGUCCGGUGGCCGGGACGAUCCGCGCUGCGGACGGGACAGUCUCGCUGGUACACCGGACAACGGGCGAGCGUGUGGCGACGUCAGCGUCGCCGCGGCGGUCGCUCUCGUCACGAAGGGCGGCGGAAGUGCGGCGGGAGUCGCGGGCGUCGUCGACGCGUUCGCGCGGCUCCAGCUCGCGGGCGUCGCGGCUGGCGCGGUCGGGCUCGUCGUCGUCGUCGAUAGGCACGUCGCCGCUGAUGCCGUCGCCCAACGAUGAGCUGCAGCGGCUGCGGGCACAGGUCCAGCACGAAGCUGGUGAGUUGGAUCCCGAGGUGCAGGGCGUGCUGGCGUUGGCGCGGACGAGGGCGCUGUCGCACGUUAUCGCACGGCCGCGGCCACGGCUCCGGCGGUCGCACUCGAUGGCAGCACCGUUUAACGUGCACGCCAACGGUGUGCGUGACUCGCCGUCGAAACUCAUGCGCAGCCUCUCGCUCUACUCGCCGCACUCGCAGCAUAAGCGGCGCGAUCUCCCGACGCCAGACCUCGAUGUUGGAGCGAUGGAGCUCUCUGUCGAUGUUGGCAACUCACAGGGCGGGGCCGGAGGAGGCCGGACGGUCACGCCUUGGCGGGCCGAAUACCUCGAUGGCCCGCUCCCGACGACGCGCAACAUGGUCCGCGAGUGCUCGGGCGUGUCUGCGGACCUUGUGGCGCAGCUACUUGUGGAGACGCAGCAGGCGCCAGCGAGCCGCGAGCUUAACUUUCUCAUCAUCGACUGCCGGUAUCCGUACGAGUACCAACACGGACACAUUGCGAGUGCGGUCAACUUGUGGACGCGGUCGUCGCUCAUCGAUGCACUGAUCCAGUCGCCGUUGCCGGCCAACUUUCGGCUCAUUUUCCACUGCGAGUUCUCGACACAGCGCGGGCCAGACCUGUGCUCGAUGCUGAGGCUGGCGGACCGGCACGUAGGGAUGGAGAAGUAUGGAGUGGCGUUUGAUGAGAGCCAUCUUCACUAUCCCAACUGCUACGUGCUCCGCGGCGGAUACAAAGAGUUCUUUGGUGCGUACCCGGAGCUCUGCACACCGAGCGCGUACAUGACGAUGGACGAUGAGCGGUACAAGUAUCAGCUCGCGGCGUGCCGGCGCCACCGGUCCUCGUCAAUUCGCGAGCGGUCGCGGUCGUGCUCGGACCUGGCAGCAGUACUCGCCGGCGAGCCGACACUGUUCGCGCCGGCGGCGAGCCAGCCGCCGCCUCUCUCCAGGAACAAGCUCGCGACGCCGGGGCGAUGGAACCACGCCCCGCGGUGGGAGCGGGAGAACGCCAUGCCCGAGUUUGCGUCAAUUCUGGCGCAAGCUCUCCCGGACGUGACUGAGGAGAACGCAAGCGUGCACCCGCUCAUUCGGCGGGCGCGUAUGGAGCUUGCACAUGCGCUGGCUACCACGCCUCUGGCGUCGCGUGCCGCGUCUGCAGCGCUGUUUGCGCCGGAGCGUGCACUGGCGUCGCGGGCAUCCAACGCAGCGUCGAUCUCGGACUCGGACGACGACUGCUCGACGGUCUGGGUGGACUCUCAGCAACGGGCCGGCUGUGGGCUGAGCGGGUAUGUGUCGUUUGACGACGACGACGAAGACGACGACGACGUGUGCCCCGAGAACAGUGUGGAAACAGCAGAUCACCUCGUGUUACCGCCUGGGACCGGAUCGCCGCGUGCCGUGCCUCGACCGAUUUCAUCGCGGCGUGCCCUGGUGCGGCACCUCUCGCUAUCUGCCAUCACUGAGGAUGACAGGGAUUUUGAGAGCCCAAGCGGGUUGUGCGCAUCGCCGGCAUCAGGCGUGUUCAGUUCAGGGUCCCAGACGACGAUCUCGCUCAGGGGAGCAGCAGAGCGUCCGUACAAGUUGGGCAGGCGGUCGCGACAGUUGUUGCAAGCAAGUGUGGCUGGAUGCGAGUCGGACAUCGACUCGGAUGAUGAGGACUCGUCGUCGUCGUCGUCGUCAGGCCCGAUCAUUUUCGCAGGGACAGCGGUGUCGACCUCGAACGGGAUUGUGACGUCGGCCUCGCUUUCAACACUACUGGGUGAGUCGAGCGCACCGUCAUCGCCGAUGGUCAUGGCGCCUGAGCCCCGGCUAGCGUCGUCGGAUGAGGCACCGCUGUUUGUUAUGGACGAGAGUGACGAAUAAGUGUGUAGUAGCCGCAAAGCAAGGCAAUGGAGUGUAGAC